UACCUAUUUGUUGUAAUGUGAUCGAGAUAUUUCAACAAAAAUCACUAGAAAUAAAAUACUAUAUAUUUGCAAUGAGGUAGCACUGAUAAACAGUAACUAAAAAAAGACCACAAAAUAAUAUGCCUUAAUUUUUUUCUGUUAUAAAUCGUCCAUUAGUUUUUGCGGGAAUGCUGAACUUGAACAAUGCCACCGUCGCCAGUGACGAAUAUGAAGUUAUCGGUGAAGCACAAUGGCAAACUUUGGAGAACAGUGGAGAUGAGCAAAUUAUCAAAAUUUAUGGUUUGAAAUAUUCAAAAAUACGAGGAAUUUUCUUUCAUACCUUCUGCAUAUUACUAUGUGGUCUACCAUAUUUUAUUUUGGCUUCUUAUCCCUCAUACAACCGGUUCAAAUACAUAAAAUGCAGUUUGAAAAUGGCUGAAGAAAUUUGUAUUUUGGAUGGGGAUGGUUUAUUUAAAAUAGAGAAGAUCAUGGAAACUGAGCUGAACUUGUCCAACCAUAAGGGUAAUAAAUUGCGCUAUUUUGUCUACCAACAUAGCCGAUUUAUCUGGAUUCAUGAUCAGGGCAUUUUUAUCAAUGUGCUGAUGCUCAAUGAAAGAAUCACUAUCAGCCUUCUAAUGGAAAACAUGUCUGGAAUUAAUAAAAGACAACAGAAUGAAUUGAUCAAACUUUAUGGAACAAAUUCAGUGGAAGUAGAAGUGAAGAGUUAUUGGUCACUAUUCGUCAAUGAAGUUUUCAACCCAUUUUAUCUAUUUCAAGUAUUUUCCAUAAUUCUUUGGUCUCUGGAUGAAUACUAUCAAUAUGCCACUUGCGUUUUCCUUCUUUCUGCUGUUUCUUGUAUGUUGGCGUUAUAUCAAACAAAACAGAUGAGUAUCAACCUGCAUCGUAUGGCUGGUUCUACCAGCGCAUUUACUGUGACAGUUGUCCGUCCAUCGCGUACUGGACGUGAGGAGUGUGUGGUCAGUGCCAGCCGGCUCGUACCCGGCGAUGUGCUGGUGUUACCUCCUGAUGGCUGCGUGAUGCCGUGUGACGCCAUGCUAUUGACUGGAACCUGCAUAGUUAAUGAGAGCAUGCUCACUGGUGAGAGUGUACCAGUAAUGAAGGGCCCGCCAUGCAUUUCUCCCGAAGUGUAUUCAACGGAGGGACACAAAAGGCAUACGCUGUUUGCUGGCACUCAUGUUAUUCAAACAAGAUUCUAUGGUAACAAUCAGGUUCUGGCUAAAGUUGUACGAACUGGCUUCAACACUGCUAAAGGAGAAUUGAUUAAAAGUAUUCUCUUUCCCAAGAGAUUCGGAUUUCAGUUCUACAAAGAUGCUGUUAAAUUUGUCAUAUUUAUGUUCUGUAUCGCCGCAAUUGGAAUGGCGUAUUCAAUUUGGCUUUAUGUUUUAAGAGGCAGUCAUGCAGGCACGAUAGUUCUACGUACUUUGGAUAUAAUUACUAUCGUGGUACCUCCCGCUUUACCUGCUGCUAUGACGGCCGGUAUUGUGUACAGUCAACAGCGUCUGCGUAAAAAUAAAAUCUUUUGUGUGUCACCACCCCGAAUUAUAAUUUGUGGAAAGUUGCAAGUUAUGUGCUUCGAUAAGACUGGUACUCUUACUGAAGACGGUUUAGAUUUCUACUCGGUGAUACCAGCACAGUCCAAUGAUAAAUUCGGGACGUGCGUAGUGGAUGUUAACUUACUGCCUGUUAAGAGUCCUAUGAUGCAAGCACUGGCUUCUUGCCACUCACUCACUAGUAUACAAGGACAGCUCAAAGGCGAUCCAUUGGAUUUGAAAAUGUUUGAAUUUACUCAAUGGGUACUCGAUGAGCCGGGCCCUGAGAACACGAGAUAUGAUAAUUUAACGCCUGCCAUAGUUAAACCGACUGCAACUCAUGAUGGAAGCCUACAAGACUUAGAAAAUUAUGACCCUUUUACUAUGGAAAUACCAUACGAAAUUGGCUUGUUACGGAGAUUUCAUUUCUCAUCUUCUCAACAAUCUAUGGGAGUUAUUGCUAGAGUUCUUGGUCAACCACAGAUGGUGUAUUUCGUUAAAGGCGCUCCAGAGAAGGUUGCAGGUAUGUGCAAUCAAAAGGCUUUACCUGAAAACUUCAGUUCAGUCCUCAAUGAAUAUACGUCGAAUGGCUUCAGAGUAAUUGGAUUAGCUUAUAAAAAACUAGACCGCAAAAUGAAAUGGGUGGAUGCGCAAAGAAUUAAGAGAGAAACACUUGAGUGUGACAUGACAUUUUUAGGCUUUCUAGUCAUGCAAAAUAGCCUGAAGCCAGAAACCACUCAGGUGAUCAAAGAGCUCCACGAAGCGAAUAUGAGGCAGAUAAUGGUGACAGGUGAUAAUAUUAUGACUGCAAUGUCAGUUGCUCGUGGAUGUUUCAUGGUGCAACCACACCAAAAACUAGUAUUGAUAACCAUUGACCAUCAGCAGACAGAUGAAUCCAGGCCUCAUCUUUGUAUGGAAGUAGUGGGCGAAGGCGGUCCCCCAAAAUUGUCAAUCGACUCAUAUGUGCUAGCAUUAGAAGGAAAGACAUGGUCAGUAAUUCGUACGCAUUAUCCGGAGCUGAUGCCUGUCGUUCUGAGUAAGGGAAUGGUGUUUGGUCGAUUCGGUCCUGACCAGAAAACGCAAUUAGUGACAGCAUUGCAGGGCGAAGGGCUCAUAGUGGGAAUGUGCGGAGACGGUGCCAACGAUUGUGGCGCCCUCAAAGCUGCCCACGUUGGGAUUUCGCUUUCAGAGGCUGAUGCUUCAGUGGCGGCCCCGUUUACUUCCCGCGUGCAGAACAUCGGAUGCGUGAAGUUGCUCGCAUUGGAAGGUCGCUGCGCUCUGAGCACAUCCUUCGCUAUAUUCAAAUACAUGGCUCUCUAUUCCCUGAUACAGUUUAUCUCUAUCCUCAUCCUCUACAACUUCUUCUCGAUCCUGGGCAACAACCAGUUCCUGUACAUCGACCUGGUGCUGACGACGCUGCUGGCGCUGUCGCUGGGCCGCGCGGCGCCGGGCCCGCUGCUGACGCGGCGCUCGCCGCCCGCGUCGCUGGUGGCGGCGGCGGGCGUGCUGCCGCUCGUGCUCCAGGUCGCGCUCGUGCUGCUCCUCCAGCUCGCCGCACUCUAUCUCCUCUACGAGCAGACCUGGUUUAAGCCUGUCGAAGGUGCUGCUGAUGUAGAAGUGAUACUGUGCUGGGAGAACACAGUUAUAUUCAUUAUCUCCUCGUUCCAGUAUUUAAUUAUGGCAUGUGUAUAUGCGAAAGGCUGGCCCUUCCGACAACCCUUCUGUGCCAACUAUUACAUGGUCGUGACAUUGAUUACACAAGCUGUUUUUGUGGUAGUACUAUUGCUUUGUCCAUGGCAUUGGCUCGCCGACUUCAUGGAAGUUGAAGUUAUGAAUAUUAAUGAUUAUGAACAAACAAUAUUCCGCGUAUACUUGUUACUUAUGCCAAUUCUGCAUUUAGUUCUGGCUAUAGCUAUAGAGGCGACGUUUUCCGACACGGAGAAGUUCAGCGCCAUGUUCCGCGUGAUGCGGCGGCGCUGCUCCGGCAAGGAACGGUCCGACGAGGGCUGGCCGUGGGCGGCGGCCGCGCCCCUCCCCGCCCCCGCACCCGCCCCCGCACACGCCGACCAGCGCACACCCGCACACGCCUGCUGA